GCGGUCAAAUGACGCGGGAUCCUCCCAACAACAGAUCCCAUUUUUGUUCACUUUAACCCCCGUGCUCCGUGUAUAGGUUACCAGUACACUUAAUGAACGCCUAUUCGUAUGGUUCCUCAACCCAGCGUGGAUACGAAGGAGGACCUUGGCGUACUCUUGUACAAGCCGAAUCCCAUGCCUUCCGAGCACUAGCUCUUCGAAGGACACCUACGUGUGCUUCUUUCGCCACAAUGAGGAAUCCUGAUAUAGAGUUUUAGGGAAAUCAUCAUACCGAGAGGUUCUCUCUCUAUCCCGGCGGGCGAAACUGCAUCCCUGCACCUUAACCCAUCCUAGGAGCCGAGUGAAGUAAAAUGGUCUGGAUGAAACAAUGCCGCCCAGCGAACUUGUCCAUUGUUCUGGGUUUGGCUUUCGUCCUUGUCCUCGUACACUACACACUCUACACGGAAAUGCAGGCGUCGCGGAUAGAGAGAGUCAGUUUACGACUCCUUCUCAGAACGUCGGUCCUCGCGGCAAUCAGAGGAGGCAAUGAGGUCGUGCGCGCAAGGCAGGAGAAUCUCAAUAUCCGAAGCAAGGGAAUCAAUCAACUCGGUCAAGUCGAUCCGCUGACCGAUGGCGAUAUGCGCAGUCAUCGCGUCAUGCUCAAAACGCUGUUCAAGAUUUUUCCUCAUUUGAAUGUAGUUUCCGAAGAACACGAAGACGAGAAAACCUCUUCUCAAACCAGCGCUCCCGGACUCGAUGACGUGAACCUGCCUGAAUCGAUUAGCAACUUCGUGGAUGAAACUGUUCGAUUGCGUGAUAUAUUGGUCUGGAUAGACCCGCUCGACGCGACCCAAGAAUAUACGGAGGGUUUGACGGAGUACGUGACCACGAUGGUGUGCAUCGCCGUGGAAGGUCGCGCUCACAUCGGCGUAAUACAUCAGCCGUUCGCGAAUCGGACCGUGUGGGGUUGGGUUGGUCAGGGUCCGUCGAGGAGCUUGCGUGGGCCUCAAAUCGCUGACGACGACGACGGCAAUAAUAGCAUUAUCAUGAACAGUAUAAACAUCGACAAUGCUUACAAUACUAAAAAAGUCAAACCCGAUGACGAUGCUGUAGAUAUAGUUGUUUCUAGAUCUCAUGCUGGCAAAGUGAAACAGUUUGCUCGCGACGCUCUCGGGGGGGACAUCACGGUCACUUCGGCCGGCGGAUCGGGGUACAAAGCUUUGCAGGUGGCCGAGAGCAAGGCAGAUUUGUACAUACACACGACGCUUAUCAAGAAGUGGGACAUUUGCGCAGGCAAUGCGAUUUUGGAGUCGCUCGGCGGUCGUAUGGUGAAUCUGAAAGGCGAGGCCAUCGACUACGGCUCUCCCCGAUCCGAGAAGAAUCCUGACGGGCUGCUCGCCUUCUUGAAAGACAAGAGGGACUUCAUGAAGUUGACGAGGGCUCCGCUGCCUGCCUGAAAGACUCCCACAUAUCCAGCUCGCCGGAACGUCGUGACUUUCAAACCAUCGAGAACGCAGAAAAUUCACGAUGAGACCUGUUCUGUAAAAAUUUGCUACCCUUUUGCAUUGCGGAGGAAGGAAGCUCGAUGCCGAUUGCUUCGAAAGAGCAACGACGACGUCAAACAUCAUCUAGUCCUUGUAAAUUAUAGAGUGAGAAAAACCUUAGAUUGAAAUGAAACGUCGUGUGCUGAAGA